UGUUAAAUAUUGUUUUGUUUAAAAAUUGGCUAUUUAUUUAUUUAUUUAUCUGUUCGAUGCUAAGAGGAAAAUGUGGUGGAGUUUUUUUUAGUGUUAGGUGGGUGAGCAGAUGUUUAAGUUUUGAUGAUGAUAAUGGAAGAAGAAGAAGGACAUUGAGAAUGAGAGUCAACGAAUUCAGAAGUAGAUGAAGACGUAGAUGAAGAAGAAGAAAACAACUGAGGAGAAGAUUCAACAGUCAUAGAAGUAGACAAUUAAAAAGAGUCCGAAGAUUCGGGGAUUCAGAUGUUUCAAAAGUGUCAGAGGAAGCUUCAGAAAUGCCAGAAGAUUCUGAGGGAGAUUCAGUAGAUGAUUCAGAGGGUGAUUCAGAAGAAAAUUCAGAAGAAGAUUCAGAAGAAAAUUCAGAACACGAUUCAGAGGGUGAUUCAGAAGAAAAUUCAGAAGAAGAUUCAGAAGAUUUAAAAGAGGAUCCAGAAGAAGAUUCAGAAGAUUCAGAGGAUUCAGAAGAAGAUUCAGCGGAUUCAGAAGAAGAUUCAGCGGAUUCAGAAGAAGAUUCAGAGGAUUCAGAAGAAGAUUCAGAAGAAGAUUCAGAGGAUUCAGAAGAAGAUUCAGAAGAAGAUUCAGAGAAUUCAGAAGAAGAUUCAGAGGAUUCAGAAGAAGAUUCAGAAGAAGAUUCAGAGGAUUCAGAAGAAGAUUCAGAAGAAGAUUCAGAGAAUUCAGAAGAAGAUUCAGAGGAUUCAGAAGAAGAUGCAGAAGAAAAUUCAAAAGAAGAUUCGGAAGAAGGUUCAGACUAUUUAGAAGAAGAUUCAGAAAAAAAUUCAGAAUAAGAUUCAGUAGAAGAUUUAGAAGAACAUUAUUUUUUCUAUACAACAUGAAUGCAGCAUGAGUGCAAGGACCGUCUUAACUUUAAACAAACUCUUCAGCCAGAAGAGCGACUGGAUUACAGCAUCUGUAUAACUUUUGUAGUUUUUAUUAAAUUAUUAUUUUAAUAUGUGUUCAUUUUAAUCAUCGGUUAACCUUCACCUUCCUCCGCCCCCUAGCGGCAGUGAAAAAGAA